AAGUUUCAUAUCUCCCUAACGACUUUAAACAAAACAGAUAUAGGGAUUGGGCGUAUACGGAACUAGGACAGUUAAAGUGUUUUAGUGUUUUCUUUAGAUAUCAGUUGUUGUUCAUAUAUAUAUUAUUCGACAUAGCAAUACAGAAAGAAAAUGUAUUUGUCGAUAAUUUCACUUUUAAUGUAAAAUAUAUUUUAAGUAUAUAUUAAACGUACAAACAUUGUUUUUCAAAUCGAAAGUGGAAACCAGUUUAAACAAAACAUCACAAUGGCUUCUAGAAGACUUCAGGAUUCAAACAGAGAUAAUGCAGGCGACUUUAUUGGAGAAUGUACUGUGACACAAUCAUGUGAGCCAUGCAUGAAAACGAACAUAUCAAAAACUGCUACGGUUUAUUGUAAUGACUGCAAAGAGUUCCUGUGUGAUACAUGCAAAAAUCCACACACUGUGUAUAAACCAGGAAAGCAUGACAUUGCAAUAAUUCAUGCCAGAAAAUCAGUGCGAGUUGCGAUGGACAUGGAAGGAAUGGAUAUGUGUCCGGAGCAUGCGAAGGAAAAAAAGAAAAUAGAGUUUUAUUGUGAAGACCAUUCUAAGUUUUGCUGUAUUGAAUGCAUGGUUAAACACAAGAAAUGCGGUAGGGUAGAAAAGUUAGUCGAUGCAACUACUGACAAAUGGUCAGAGCUUCAUGCUUUGAAACAGUCACUGCUUACAUUGGAAUCCGGGGCUGACGCUAUUAUAGCCGAGUGUAAGCAUUCAGAGACAGGUUUGAAUGAGUCCAUUGCCAAGAUAUCUUCAGAUGUCGAUAAAAUGAGAGAUCGUAUAAUACAACUUUUCGACCAGGCAAAGCAAAAGUUAUUAAGUGAGGCUAAAGACUUCAAAUCUGCAGAAAUCAAGCGCAUCGGAAAUAAGCGUGACACUUCGUCCAAAGUAAAAGAAGAAAUAAAUAAAGUGGUGCCAAUGUGUUUGGCUGUUUUAGAGCGCGGAACACCCACCGAACUGUAUAUUUAUUCGAAGAUGAUUAAAGAAAAACUUCACAAAAUGGAAUCAAAUAUCAAUGAACAAAAACAGAUCAAAAUUUCAUCAACGAUGAAAGUGUCAUUUCUAAAAGAGCUGACUUCAUUGCUUGAGAUGGGAAAGAAUUUUGUAAAACUGAAUUCUGAUGGCGACAAGACAGAAGCUAACAGUCCCAUGAGCUUAUCAUCCCAACCAAUGCCAGUCAACCUGAAGCUGCUCGUAUCCGUGGAUCUACCAAAGACUGGAGAUGAUAAGGAGGAACCUUACCUCAGUGGACUGGACUUCCUGCCGGACGGGAGACUGGUAGUCUUGGAUAACAAUAACAUGAAAUGUAUCAUACUGAAUGAGCGACUACAGAGACUUGGAACACCGUACAAGUUCAAGUUUCACCCACAAAGCGUAGUAUGUGUGUCUCAUGAUGCACUGUGUGUAACGAGUGGUGGUUAUAAAGUAGUAUUUCUCCUGUCUGUAAGUACAGACAAUACCAUCACACUGACCAGGGAGAUCAAAACAUCAUCCCAGUUCUUCUCCAUAUGCUGCAUGUCUCCGUCUAACAUGGUCGUGAGUACGUCCGAUGAUCCUCGUCCACUUAGAAUGAUAUCAGUGGACGGGGUAGAAGCAGACUUUGAUCACUUCCUGACGCUUCCUAUGAAGACGUACAGAAUAGCUGAUAGUGCGUGCACGUAUGUCCAGUCUAAGAACACGUUAGUACUGACUGACAGGGUCGCUCACACAGUGUACUUGUACGACACCCUGAAUCGCACGUGUAGAGCAGUCACUAAUGAGAACAUACAGGAACCUCGUGCUGCCUGUGUAGGGCCUGGUGACUCGGUGCUGGUGUGCAGUAUGGGGAAAAACUCCAUCGUGCGCAUGACCAUUGACGGUAAAAUACUGGGUACCUACCCAGUGGAUAUGAUGUUACCGUGCAGCAUAUGUGUGUCUAAGGAUGGCACAAGGCUGGCAGUGUCAAACUGCCAUUUCGGCAUCAAGAAACUUCAUUUGUAUAAGAUAUCAACGGCAAUGAGUUAGCUGACUAGAAAGAUGUAAAUGUUAUCCAUGUCAUCAGGCUUUUUACACAAUUAUUAAAUAUUGACUUUCGUGUAUUGGUUUUGUUAAAUCAAUUCGGAAUACUAUUCCGAUUAAUUAAAAUUGAGUAGUGUUGUUACAAGGUUUUAUCGUUGAAGAAUUUUAAAAGAUUGCGAACUACCUACGUAUCUUGCAUUUGUUAUAAUGUAAAAUGUGUGUUUAUACUUAACUUCAAGAAAUGUUAUAUAGAAUAUUUGAAUGUAUUUAUAUAUUUUGUGUAUGGUUUACUAUUUAAAUUUGCAUUGCAUGCAACUUGCCCGCUGUGUAAGGUAGUUAGGCGCGUUAAAUAUUUAUACAUGUAUGUCAAUUUUUGACACAUCUCUUUAAAUGAACAAACGAUGACAAUGUUUUGUUAAUGCCAUGGAAGAAAUUAUUCGUUCAUUUAAAAUAAUGCUUGUUUUUGUUCAGCGUAAAUUAGCCACAAGUUCUAUAAUCGUCACCAGAAGUCGAAUAGAACUAUAAUUCCCAGCAUUUCACUUCUGCCUUUUAGAAGCCUUGUAUCGUCCUACCCCAUCUUAAUUAAAAGGGGAUGGUAUAUAAAGCCGUUAAUUUCAGUUGUUAUUGUUUGUUUUCAAAUAGAUAAGCAAAGCGAUAAUAUCAAAUUAAUUAUGGCAUAGUUUCUUAGUCUUAGAUUUGUUAAAAUGCUAUUUUUAAAUAAACCAAUACUUGCACUUUUUAACAAUUUCAUGUAUUCAGAAUUGCUGGGGCCGAGAAAACACACGCUUUAAUGUAAAACCUUAUGAUACAUAACACUCUGAUCAGACAUCCCCAUAUCAAAGUGCGGAGAAUGAUAAAACAGAGAAAUCGUGUAAGGUAGUAAACCCAUCAUAUUCCAUGUUUAGAACAUUUGUUGAGAAAUCAUAAAAUUGUAUAAUGUUUUUGAAUUAAUAAUACAUUUAAAUAAAGUUUGACUGCUGCGGGGUUUCGACCCGGGACCAUUUGUGUUAACAUCGAACGCUCUACCACAAAGGCCUGCCCUUUAUAUCGUGUUUAAGAACCCCUAUCUUGUUUUAAUUCUGCCGAAUUUUGAUAUCUAUAUGCAAAUACGUAAGAUUUUUUCAUAGGUUUUCAACAAUUUGAGUUGCAUGUAGUUUAUUUAAAUUUUAAAAGUACUUGUUACGGCGCUGAUAAAGCAUAUUCAUCUUGUAUAUAUUAAGGAAAGUAUUCCGAUUGCAAACAGAAAAGAUACGAGUGCUAACUACUUUUGCAAUAACCCGGACAUUAACGAACUUAUGAUAGGUCGAAUACCUGAAAUCGGGAAAAUCACAUGUACGCUUUUGCCUUGUAUGUCUAUUAAGAUAUUGAUUACUGCGUUUUCAUACGACAUUACUGAUUUCACCUUUAACAACUUUGUCAAUGCAUCGCAUGAAAUCAUAUUUUUGUUGCCAUGAUGAGUAUAUAUAUAUAUUAAUAACCAUAAAGAAACACUUGACUUACAUGGUUUUGUCAUUCGUCCUGUCUAUUCUGGAAAUGUUACAUUGUUCAUUUUUUCCGGACAAAUUCGUGAAUAAACGUUAUGAUAAAAACUAAAGUUCAUGUUAUUGUUAUAGCACAUGAGCAAAGAUUUGUUAAACCAGUUUAUUCACUGCAAUAUGUUAAUAACUAGAAUGUUUGACUCAUAUUAGUUGAAGUGCCGAUAAGAUUUCUUAUGGUGUAUUGAAAAAUACUGUUUCUGAGAACUAACCUGGUUUACUGGUAGAAGUUAACUAGUGACAGUAAUAUAUGAAGGACUGAAAUGUGGCUCAAUCGAUCAUAGUGUUCAGCUUUCAGUAUCAUUUGUGUUGUUUUUAAGUGAACGCACAUGUUAAUUAUGACAUCGAAUGGAUCAUCUCAAUACAGCAUCAUUAAUUGGUGUUUAGUUCAAGGCUUAAACAGAAAACCUUUUCACAAUAGGUGUUAUAUUAGAAUUUGUGAAAUUUGAUAAUAAACAUUCAUGUAUAUCAUGUUCAAAUGACCAAAUGUAACUGAUUUACAAUUUGAAUUGAGUUGCUUUAUUUUCUGUUUGAUUUAUUUUUCCUUUCAGAUGAUGUACAUUUGUGUGAUUCUAGGUUUUAAUAAAUAAUUUUAAAACAUUAAUGCAGCAUACUGCUAAAUUAUUGUUAACAUUAUUAUUUUAUGUUGGUUAUCUGGUUUAUCGAGUGGAAAAAAUGUAAUAUAUAAAAUAAAGCUUAUAAAGUAUU